AUGACAGUCAUUGAUGGAACCCAAAUAUGGGCCGAUACACCGUGGCCAUUGAUCCCAACAACUAAAAAUGCCUCAAAACAUGCUGCCGUUUACAUCGCGAAAGAAAUGACCCACACGCAUAAUUGUAUGCUCCGAGGUCUGAACAGUAUCUACCACCAAGCAGAGAAUGUCCAGAAACCCGAAGACAUCACGGACCUUUUAUUUUUCAUCAAAUGCUGGACAGGCUGGGUAUCCCAUCACCAUAUCAUGGAAGAAGAAAUGAUGUUCCCGGGGUUUGAGAAGGUGAUUGGCACGCCUGGAUUCCUAGGCGACAAUGUGGAACAGCAUCAUGGCUUCCAGCCACAGUUGAAGAUACUCCAGGAUUAUAGCGCCCACACUAAACUUGCGGGUUAUGAUCCCUCAAUUAUCCGCAAAACCAUUGAAGUGAUGGGGCCCAGUUUCCGCGAUCAUCUAGGCGAUGAAAUUGACAGUCUUCUCCGAAUGAUUGAUUAUAACCCGGAGGCUUUGAUGAAGGUAUACAAGAGCUGUGUAGCCGAGGCAACCAAGCAAGACAAGCAAGUCGUUCCUCCCAUGGUGCUCGGACUGCGAGAUGUCACCUUCGAGGGAGGUAAUCAGUGGCCUUCGCUGCCUCCCAUGGCUGGCUGGGUGAUCAACUAUUUCUUCGCCCGCAAACAUUCUCACGCAUGGCGUUUUCUUCCUUGUAACGGCUGGGGAAAGCCUCGUCGUCUAGCAUUUGGACCUAAGCGAGAAGCAAAGAAAUAG